AUGUCAUGUGAUGAGAUCCACUUUGAGUUACGAACUGGUUCAGCGAAAACUGUCUGGAAAGAAGACAAAAGAUUUCAAGACGGACCCGAAACUCUAGAUUUGGAUCUUCCGUCACUGUCUUCUUCGGUUUGUCUUUUGUUAGUGUAUUCUGUUUACAUCUUCUGUGUCGUUCAACCAGAGUAUGAGAAAUACACAGAACAGACAGAGUAUGUGAAGUACACAGAACAGACAGAGUAUGUGAAGUACACAGAACAGUCAGAGUAUGUGAAGUACACAGAACAGACAGAGUAUGUGAAGUACACAGAACAGACAGAGUAUGUGAAGUACACAGAACAGACAGAGUAUGUGAAGUACACAGAACAGACAGAGUAUGGGAAGUACACAGAACAGACAGAGUAUGGGAAGUACACAGAACAGACAGAGUAUGGGAAGUAUACAGAACCACCAGAGUAUGUGAAGUAUACAGAACCACCAGAGUAUACAGAGUAUGUGAAGUAUACAGAACCACCAGAGUAUGGGAAGUAUACAGAACCACCACAGUAUGGGAAAUACACAGAACAGACAGAGUAUGUGAAGUACACAGAACAGACAGAGUAUGUGAAGUACACAGAACAGACAGAGUAUGUGAAGUACACAGAACAGACAGAGUAUGUGAAGUACACAGAACAGACAGAGUAUGUGAAGUACACAGAACAGACAGAGUAUGGGAAGUACACAAAACAGACAGAGUAUGUGAAGUACACAGAAACACCAGAGUAUGUGAAGUAUACAGAACCACCAGAGUAUGGGAAGUAUACAGAACUACCAGAGUAUGUGAAGUACACAGAACAGACAGAGUAUGUGAAGUACACAGAACAGACAGAGUAUGUGAAGUACACAGAACAGACAGAGUAUGUGAAGUACACAGAAAAGACAGAGUAUGUGAAGUACACAGAACAGACAGAGUAUGUGAAGUAUACAGAACCACCAGAGUAUGUGAAGUAUACAGAACCACCAGAGUAUGGGAAGUACACAGAACAGACAGAGUAUGUGAAGUAUACAGAACCACCAGAGUAUGGGAAGUACACAGAACAGACAGAGUAUGUGAAGUACACAGAACAGACAGAGUAUGUGAAGUACACAGAACAGACAGAGUAUGUGAAGUACACAGAACAGACAGAGUAUGUGAAGUACACAGAACAGACAGAGUAUGUGAAGUACACAGAACAGACAGAGUAUGUGAAGUACACAGAAAAGACAGAGUAUGUGAAGUACACAGAACAGACAGAGUAUGUGAAGUACACAGAACAGACAGAGUAUGUGAAGUACACAGAACAGACAGAGUAUGUGAAGUACACAGAACAGACAGAGUAUGUGAAGUACACAGAACAGACAGAGUAUGUGAAGUACACAGAACAGACAGAAUAUGUGAAGUACACAGAACAGACAGAGUAUGUGAAGUACACAGAACAGACAGAGUAUGGGAAGUACACAGAACAGACAGAGUAUGUGAAGUACACAGAACAGACAGAGUAUGUGAAGUACACAGAACAGACAGAGUAUGUGAAGUAUACAGAACAACCAGAGUAUGGGAAGUACACAGAACAGACAGAGUAUGUGAAGUACACAGAACAGACAGAGUAUGUGAAGUACACAGAACAGACAGAGUAUGUGAAGUAUACAGAACCACCAGAGUAUACAGAGUAUGUGAAGUAUACAGAACCACCAGAGUAUGGGAAGUAUACAGAACCACCACAGUAUGGGAAAUACACAGAACAGACAGAGUAUGUGAAGUACACAGAACAGACAGAGUAUGUGAAGUACACAGAACAGACAGAGUAUGUGAAGUACACAGAACAGACAGAGUAUGUGAAGUACACAGAACAGACAGAUUAUGUGAAGUACACAGAACAGACAGAGUAUGUGAAGUACACAGAACAGACAGAGUAUGGGAAGUACACAAAACAGACAGAGUAUGUGAAGUACACAGAACCACCAGAGUAUGUGAAGUAUACAGAACCACCAGAGUAUGGGAAGUAUACAGAACUACCAGAGUAUGUGAAGUACACAGAACAGACAGAGUAUGUGAAGUACACAGAACAGACAGAGUAUGUGAAGUACACAGAACAGACAGAGUAUGUGAAGUAUACAGAACCACCAGAGUAUGGGAAGUACACAGAACAGACAGAGUAUGUGAAGUACACAGAACAGACAGAGUAUGUGAAGUACACAGAACAGACAGAGUAUGUGAAGUAUACAGAACCACCAGAGUAUGGGAAGUACACAGAACAGACAGAGUAUGUGAAGUACACAGAACAGACAGAGUAUGUGAAGUACACAGAACAGACAGAGUAUGUGAAGUAUACAGAACCACCAGAGUAUGUGAAGUACACAGAACAGACAGAGUAUGUGAAGUACACAGAACAGACAGAGUAUGUGAAGUACACAGAAAAGACAGAGUAUGUGAAGUACACAGAACAGACAGAGUAUGUGAAGUACACAGAACAGACAGAGUAUGUGAAGUACACAGAACAGACAGAGUAUGUGAAGUACACAGAACAGACAGAGUAUGUGAAGUACACAGAACAGACAGAGUAUGUGAAGUACACAGAACAGACAGAAUAUGUGAAGUACACAGAACAGACAGAGUAUGUGAAGUACACAGAACAGACAGAGUAUGGGAAGUACACAGAACAGACAGAGUAUGUGAAGUACACAGAACAGACAGAGUAUGUGAAGUACACAGAACAGACAGAGUAUGUGAAGUAUACAGAACCACCAGAGUAUGGGAAGUACACAGAACAGACAGAGUAUGUGAAGUACACAGAACAGACAGAGUAUGUGAAGUACACAGAACAGACAGAGUAUGUGAAGUACACAGAACCACCAGAGUAUGUGAAGUAUACAGAACCACCAGAGUAUGUGAAGUAUACAGAACCACCAGAGUAUGUGAAGUACACAGAACCACCAGAGUAUGUGAAAUACACAGAACCACCAGAGUAUACAGAGUAUGUGAAGUACACAGAACAGACAGAGUAUGUGAAGUACACAGAACAGACAGAGUAUGGGAAGUACACAGAACAGACAGAGUAUGUGAAGUACACAGAACAGACAGAGUAUGUGAAGUACACAGAACAGACAGAGUAUGGGAAGUACACAGAACAGACAGAGUAUGGGAAGUACACAGAACAGACAGAGUAUGUGAAGUACACAGAACAGACAGAGUAUGUGAAGUACACAGAACAGACAGAGUAUGUGAAGUACACAGAACAGACAGAGUAUGAGAAGUACACAGAACAGACAGAGUAUGUGAAGUACACAGAACAGACAGAGUAUGUGAAGUACACAGAACAGACAGAGUAUGUGAAGUACACAGAACAGACAGAGUAUGGGAAGUACACAGAACAGACAGAGUAUGGGAAGUACACAGAACCACCAGAGUAUGGGAAAUACACAGAACAACCAGAGUGUGGGAAGUACACAGAAAAGAAAUCUUAG